ACCCAACAACGAUAUAUCUCACACACCCCAAUCGUGUGACUCUGUCUGGUUAAAAAACGCGGCCGGAAUCUGCAACUCCCUCUCUCUCUCUCUCUCUGCCAAAACCCAGAGUUUCACUACACUUUCUCUCUCUACCGAAACCCGUUUUUCAUUAUUCUCUCUCUAGAAAACACACACCCUUUCUCUCUCUAAAGCAGAAGCCAGAAUUUUGCUCCCAGAGUUUUCACUACUCUCUCUCUCUAAAGCAGAAGCCAGAAGAACAUAGAUUUCAUUACUCUCUCUCUCUAGAAACACCCACACUAGGAAGCCAUGUGGGAGUGUUCUUAGAGGCAUGGCGCUUUCUGCUACACCAACCCCAAUUAUUCAUUCCGUCCCCUUUUCUCCAUAAAUUCUCCUUUGCGGUCCAUGGAGGCGUAUGUUUGGCGGUUCCCCGAACAGCUCUAGCGAGUUUUGCCUCCAAAUUUGGCGGCUGCUCCUCUAUUUUGCAUUUUGUUGCUUCAAAUCAAGAGGUGGAUGAUCUGUUGUUCUCUUGUGUGAACUCACUGCAAAUAUUCAAAACAAAGAAAGAACUCAUAACAUGGACUCAUCAGAUGAUCAUCAUGCCCCUAAGAAAGGUGUGAAAUACCCUUACGAAGGCCCCGGGGCAAUUCCCCCAUUACCCCGUGACGCUCGAGGCUCUCUUGAAGUGUUCAACCCCUCAACCUUCUCCACUCAGCCUUCCUCAAAGGCCACACCCAAAUGGUCAAUUCCCUUCAGUUCUUGGCAAAACAAAGCUCCUGAGAACAAUGAUAUGUUUGAUCUCAAUCCGGAAAAGCUGACAAAGAACAACACAUUUGAUUCAAAAGAACACGAAAAGCCUGAAGUGGAAGAUGUCGGGUCAUGCAUGACCACUAAGGAGACCACUAAACCUGCCACCAGUACUGGAUCUUUCAUGAACAAGAAAGAAUUUUACACUAAGGUAGGAGGAGAGGGUGUAGGUGGGGGCAUGAGUGGAACUCAAGCAAAAGACGAGAUCAGGGGCACAAAUGGAAAUCAUGGUAAAGACGGAGGUGAAGCUGGAAUGGCGAAACGAGCAGCAGAGUGGGGUUUGGUUCUGAAGACUGAUGAAGAAACAGGGAGGCCUCAGGGCGUCGCGGUGAAGAAGUCGGGAGAGGCUGGGCCCUCGCAGAGGAAUUCGGGGAACUCGAUGAGGACUUCGGAGGAGUCCGAUGGAGGUGUAGAGAGAGGUGGGAUCCCCAGAGUUUCCAAGGAUCUGAAGGAUGCAUUAUCCACAUUUCAACAAACGUUUGUGGUGUCCGAUGCGACGAAGCCAGAUUAUCCUAUCAUGUAUGCAAGCGCCGGAUUCUUCAAGAUGACGGGCUACCUGGCCAAGGAGGUCAUAGGGAGGAACUGCCGCUUCCUUCAAGGAGCCGGAACGGAUGGUGCUGAAAUUUCAAAGAUCAGAGAGGCAUUGCAAGCAGGGACCGGCUACUGCGGAAGAUUGCUGAAUUACAAGAAGGAUGGCACACCCUUUUGGAACCUCCUUACCAUCUCUCCUAUCAAAGAUGAGAGCGGAAAAGUCCUCAAGUUUAUUGGGAUGCAAGUGGAGGUUAGCAAGCACACAGAAGGGGCAAAGGAUAAGACGGUUCGCCCUAAUGGAUUACCAGAGUCCUUGAUUCGAUAUGAUGCUCGACAAAAAGAAAUGGCAGUGAGCUCGGUGUCAGAGCUCGUUCUGGCGGUGAAGCAACCCCGUGCACUGUCUGAGUCCACAAAUCGGCCUCCUUUCAUGCGAAGAUCUGAAGGCGGUGGAGAGCAGGUUCGAUCUGACCCAACUUUGGGAAGGAGGAACUCGGAGAACAUAGCUCCACCAAGAAGGAAUUCAUAUGCUGGUAUAACAACCUCGAUUCCAAAGAUAAGUGAGAUGCCCCAAGGGCCCAAGAAGCCCCGCAAGUCCGGAUUGCGAUCCUUCAUGGGGCUUAUCGGAAAAGGCCACUCACAUGUGGAUAAUGGAGAAGCUGAUGUUGUUGCUGAGACUGAGGAAAUGAUGGAUAGUGAUGAUGAAAGAUCGGAUAGCUUAGAUGAUAAAGUAAGGCAAAAGGAGAUGAGAAAGGGUAUAGAUCUUGCUACAACACUUGAACGUAUCGAGAAGAACUUUGUGAUCACUGAUCCAAGAUUACCAGACAACCCCAUUAUAUUCGCUUCUGAUAGCUUCUUGGAGCUAACAGAGUAUAGCCGAGAAGAGAUACUGGGAAGAAACUGUAGGUUUCUUCAAGGCCCUGAAACUGAUCCUGUUACUGUGAGAAAAAUAAGAGAAGCUAUUGAUAAUCAAACGGAUGUUACCGUGCAAUUGAUAAACUACACGAAAACAGGGAAGAAGUUCUGGAAUCUUUUCCACUUGCAACCCAUGCGUGACCAAAAGGGUGAAGUCCAAUACUUCAUUGGGGUACAACUGGAUGGUAGUGAGCAUGUCGAGCCACUUCAUAAUUGCAUUCCAGAUAGAAAAGCUAAUGAGAGUGCAAAGCUGGUGAAAGAGACUGCUGAAAAUGUCGAUGAGGCUGUGCGGGAGCUUCCAGAUGCUAACUUGAAACCUGAAGACCUCUGGAUCACCCACUCAAAGCUGGUCCUCCCUAAGCCUCACAGAAAGGACAAUCCAUCUUGGCGAGCAAUCCAGAAGAUUUUGGACAGUGGUGAAGAAAUAGGCCUGAAACAUUUCCGACCUGUGAAACCAUUAGGAACUGGUGACACUGGCAGCGUUCAUCUGGUGGAAUUAUGUGGAACUGGAGAGUUCUUCGCAUUGAAAGCUAUGGAUAAGAAUGUUAUGCUUAACCGUAAUAAGGUGCAUAGGGCUUGCGCUGAAAGACAAAUUCUGGACUUGCUAGAUCACCCCUUUCUUCCAGCUUUAUAUGCUUCUUUCCAGACAAAGACACACAUCUGUUUAAUAACGGAUUAUUGCCCUGGGGGCGAGCUUUUCCUGCUUCUAGAUAGACAGCCCAUGAAGGUCCUUAAGGAGGAUGCUGUUAGAUUCUAUGCAGCAGAAGUUGUUGUUGCUCUAGAAUACCUUCACUGUCAAGGUAUAAUCUAUAGAGACUUAAAACCUGAAAAUGUAUUACUUCAAGGCAAUGGCCAUGUAUCACUGACAGACUUCGAUCUAUCAUGUUUGACGUCUUGCAAACCCCAGCUUUUGGUUCCCAAUCCUCCGGACAAGAAAAAACAUCAUAAGGGUCAACCUGCUCCCAUUUUUGUUGCUGAACCUAUUCGUGCAUCAAAUUCUUUUGUGGGAACUGAGGAGUACAUUGCACCAGAAAUUAUCACAGGUUCUGGCCACACAAGUGCAGUUGACUGGUGGGCUCUUGGCAUUCUUCUCUAUGAAAUGCUUUAUGGCUACACACCGUUCCGAGGAAAGAUAAGACAGAAGACAUUUGCAAAUAUUCUUCACAAGGAUCUUAAAUUUCCAUCUAGUACACCGGUAAGCCUUCAUGCAAGGCAGUUGAUGUACCGUUUGCUGCACAGGGAUCCAAAAAACAGAUUGGGUUCUUCCGAAGGAGCCAAUGAACUUAAGCAACACCCAUUUUUUCGUGGAAUCAAUUGGGCUCUUGUCCGGUGCAUGAGCCCUCCUCAACUUAAUACACCUCAAGGAACAGACAAAGAGGCCAAGGAAAAUGUCAAGGACAGCUUCCAAGAAAAAGAAACACUCAUUGAUAUACAGACCAAUGUCUUUUGAAAACCUACUGCAAUUUCCUGAAUCAAAUACUCUUUAUGGAAGCAACCCUACCAGGAUAUGCUUGGAUCAAUCUCCAGUUCUCCUUUCAUUGAGAACAUAGGUGCUUGUGAUGUUACUAAGGAUGUUUAUUUUUUUGUUUAUUGAUUUAUUAAUUAUUUUAUAUGGAGUGUUAUGCUUUUCCUGACUUUUUUCAUUAAGUGGAAUUUGAAAGUUUGAUCGAACA